GGACACUGGGAGGUAUAUAAGCCCCCUGGGGGUCGAGGCCCAGACGCGGCAUCACACAGUCUUCUCUUCUUUGAGCUUCUUAAACUUCACAUACACACCGUCUCAAAAUGGCACCCAAGAAGGCCAAGAGGAGGGCAGGAGGAGGAGAGGGAUCCUCCAACGUGUUCUCAAUGUUCGAGCAGAGCCAGAUCCAGGAGUACAAAGAGGCUUUCACAAUCAUCGACCAGAACAGAGACGGCAUCAUCAGCAAGGAUGACCUGAGGGACGUGUUGGCCUCAAUGGGUCAGCUUAACGUGAAGAAUGAGGAGCUGGAGGCCAUGAUCAAGGAGGCUCCUGGCCCCAUCAACUUCACCGUCUUCCUGACCAUGUUCGGAGAGAAGCUGAAGGGCGCUGAUCCCGAGGACGUCAUUGUGUCCGCUUUCAAGGUCCUGGACCCCGAGGGCACAGGAACCAUUAAGAAGCAAUUCCUGGAGGAGCUUCUGAGCACUCAGUGCGACAGGUUCUCCGCAGAGGAGAUGAAGAACCUGUGGGCCGCCUUCCCCCCAGAUGUGGCUGGAAACGUUGACUACAAGAACAUCUGCUACGUCAUCACACACGGCGAGGAGAAGGAAGAGUAAGAGCCGAAGUAAAAGUAAAGAAGAGAUGAACCCGCGUCCCUCACCACCGCCCCGCCCUGCCAGCCCGUCCUUUCUCCCUCCUUUUCUUGCUUCCUUCUUUUUUGUUACUCUCGAGCACUUCGUCCCUUCCACGCACUCCUCCGAAAGACUCGUCUCGUAAAAAACACGCCGGCGCAGGAAAUCAGUGUCUGUGGCGUCUGUCCGUGGGGGAAAAAGGGGAGGGGUUCACUGCAAUAAAACCUUAUUUGACCAUCGUCUUGAUCUUUCUUUCCCUGUCACUCUUCUUCCUUUCUUUACUUCCUUUUCUUUCUCACCUCUUUUCUAUAGCUGCAACAGCUGAAUUGUUUACAUCGCCCGUUCUUUUUCUUUUCUUUUUUUCCUCGGAUGGGCGAAGAGAAAACAAAAUGGAGGGAUUUCCUUCUACAAUAGAAAAGUCCAGCAUCCAGUGUCGGCCAUCUUGCUUUCCCCUCACUCAAACCAGAAAAGAAUGAGAAGCGCCCAAAUACGGAAAAAAAUAAAAGAUGGGGACGGCUGGAGCGAUGGAGAGAAAGAGAAAGAAGAGUCAGACAGUCAAGACAGUAGAGGAGUGGAGAGAGGCGACAGAAAGAAACCAUUCCCUUCUUCUCUCCCUCUCUCCCCUCGUCUUUUCCAAUCCCUCCUUGCCCUCAUGCUUUUUCUCUGUCACCAACACCUCUGUAAGCAAUAAAAAGAGAGAAACUGUGAAUAAAGCGACCUUAUAUUUCGUA